AGAAUGAAGUUAAGCUAGCCAGUCGGCGGCCGGCGGUUCAGUUGGUUCAUUAAACUUACCGAGCGGCGUUGUUAUAUUAAUAUCGUAUAAUAUAGUAGACAUCGCGUGUACAAUAAAAUAAAAAUUAUAUUAUACUAGUUCGAGUGUCCGUCGUAGUGUCGUACAUUUAUUAAUAAUACUCACGCGUAAAAGUUGUAUGCAUCUGCGUAUAAGUUCCGUGUCAGUGUCAUCGAAUAAUGUAAAAAUGUUAUUUUAUUAGUUUUCACCAAUUUGCCACAAUACCCGCUGGAUACAAAUAAUAAUAAGAUUGCAGUUAAUGAAAAUAAAUUCAAUUUUAGUCGACAAAUGAUGAUCCCUCAUCUAUCAUUUCGGACUAGUUUGAUUUUCGCUACCGCUGUCAUUUAUGUAUUGACUUUUCUGGUGUCCAAUACGAAUGGUCAAAUAGAUUGCUAUGAGUGUACGGUACAUCCACCAGAAUCAUUUAUGAACCGAACGACCAGACUGUGUUCGAAGUUUGAUGGUUCUGAUCACUACAAAGUCCACUGUCCAAAUUCUACAUAUUGCAUGAAAAAAUCGUUUCAACUUGAACUACAAGCCGGAAAAAUCGUAAAAGGAAAUGUGAGGGGGUGUACGCCACAGAAAUACGAUUAUCAGGUUUACAAGAACGGGUCGUGGAAAUUCGAGUCAGCUGUCGAGUACGAUUCGUUCAAAAAGGGAUGCUAUUCUGGCAACGAUGAUCAACUGAGGACAGCGGAAACGCAAUUUUGCUAUUGCGACGAUAAUCUUUGCAACAACGCCAAACAGACGACAAACUUUUCCAGUCACACUGAUACAAUUGCCGUAAUCAUCAUUUACAACAUAAUGAGAUUUUUAAAAACUCACACGCAACCGGCGUAAAGUAGCUCUCAUGUACAUCGUGCAGCGUUUAGAAAUCUUGGCCAACUGUACAAAGACUAAAUAAAUAAUAAAUGAAAAAACGAAAAAUGCUAAAAACAACAUAGGACAUCAGUGUGAAUAUUGGCAUUUUUUGAUUUUUUUAAUAUACUUAUUGGACCGAUGCGACGUCCAAAAUGUACACUUGUUAUUUUAUCGUUAUAAUAUUACAAUAAUUUAUAUCUUUUUUCGUUCAAAUCUAUAAUUAUAUAUAUCUAAUGUGCCUACUACAGUAGAGUUAUCAUUGAAUGUACUCUACGUACCUAUACACUACACUCGCAAAUAACACUUAUUACGUUGGUAUAACAUGAUAUAAAAUGUUUCAUAUUUGAACAUCGACUAGAAAAAAUAAAAUUAUUGUAACAGAAUAUUAUAACGGAAAUCUAUGAUAAAACAAAAUUAUAAGAAUAAUUUAAUUAGUUUUAAACAAGACUUGGCUGUGUUUAUUUGUAUGUUAAGAAUACACGUUAAAUAUGUAAUUUUUUUUUAUCCUACUGAUAUAAUACCUCUAUUGUACUACAAAGUGUAUUGAAAUGUACACUUUAUUUAAUAAAAUAUAAUGUAAUUGAUAGAAAA